AUGAAGGCGAUUAUCGAUAAGGAAAGCACACCCGGCGAGGCCAUUACCCAAGGUCAGCCAAUGGGCGGUGCUAGAACUGGACCUGACUUCGAACCAAUCGCCAUUGUAGGCGUUGCAAUGCGAUUGCCUGGUGGUGUCCGUUCUACCGACGCCUUCUGGGACUUUCUGGUACAGCGACGUGAUGGCAACUGCGAGGUCCCUGACACACGUUACAAUAUCGAAGGGUUCUAUCAUCCCUCCCAGCCCCACUAUGUCAAGACCAAACAUGGCUACUUCCUUGAAGAGGACCCUGCAAUGUUCGAUGCUGAAUUUUUUGGCAUCGCUGGUUCUGAUGCAGAACGACUUGACCCUCAGCAAAGGCUACUAUUGGAGGUUGUGUGGGAAUGUCUUGAGAACGCAGGGGAAUCUAAAUGGCGAGGGGAGAACAUUGGAUGCUAUGUCGGUGUUUUUGGAGGAGACUGGUUAGAGAUUCGAUCUAUGGAUAAAGAUGACCAUAACCGCUAUGAUAUCAUUGGGACUGGUGACUUUUCCUUGUCUAACCACAUCUCCUAUAGAUUCGACCUCCGGGGACCAAGUAUGACUAUCGAGACAGGCUGCUCCGCUUCUAUGGUCGGUUUACAUGAAGCAUGUCAGGCUCUUUAUCUGAAAAGUUGCUCAGCAGCCAUCGUAGGCGGAACAAACCUUAUUUUGGGCCCGGACAUGACAACAAAGAUGAGUGACAACAUGGUCCUCUCCCCCGAAGGUGUUUGCCACACGUUUGAUGAAAAGGCGAAUGGAUAUGGCCGUGGUGAGGCGGUAAACGCUAUCUACAUAAAGCGCCUCAGCGAUGCCCUAAGGAAUGGGGACCCAAUUCGAGCAGUUAUUCGUUCAACUGCGGCAAAUUUUGACGGCGCUACCACGGCUAUCACUAAUCCAUGCCCAUUGUCGCAAGAAGCCCUGAUCCGAAGUGCCUACAGACGCGCUGGAAUUCAAAAUAUCUUCGAAACUGGAUUUUUUGAAUGCCACGGAACAGCCACCCAAGUCGGAGAUAUAACGGAAACGACGGUCAUAGCAAAGCUUUGCCAUGGCCAUGAUGCGAUUAUUGGAGCAGUAAAGCCAAAUGUAGGCCAUUCGGAAGGGGCAUCUGGUUUAACUAGCGUUAUCAAAGCUGUUCUAGCACUAGAAAGAAGAACCAUCCCUCCAAAUGCCCAUUUUGAGACACCUAAUCCCAAUCUUCCAUUAAAAGAGGGUAAUUUGACGGUUCCGGUUGCUGCAACCCCAUGGCCAGAGAACAGAGCAGAACGAGUCAGUGUCAACUCCUUUGGUAUCCUAGGGUCAAAUGCCCAUGCCGUUCUUGAAUCAGCUUCUUCGUUGCUGCCUAGUUCUCAGACUGAACCCCGCGCCCUCUACAGAAACAGUCCUCACCUACUUGUCAUAUCCGCUCAAAGUGCAGAGAGUCUACAGAGCCGGUCUCGUCAAAUUCUUGACUAUGUCAAAGAGCAUCCAUCCAAACUCCAGGACUUAGCCUAUACCUUAGCUUUACGACGUCAACAUCUUUCUCACAGAGCCUUCGCAAUAGUAAAGUCCAAUCAGCUAGUAAACGAGUGGGUAAUACAAAGUAGCCAAGUUGAAACAAGGCAGCUAGUAUUCAUUUUCACAGGUCAAGGCGCCCAGUGGCCUGGGAUGGGACGCGACCUAAUUGAGCAUUUUGAAGGGUUCCGAAAUGAUAUCCUGGAAAUGGGCAGUGUGUUGGAAAAACAUCCUGCAGGCCCAGACUGGUGUUUGGAAGAGGAGCUUUUGAAGACUGGUAACGAGUCUCGGGUUUAUGAAGCAGCAUUGUCGCAGCCCCUUUGCACUGCGUUACAGAUAGGUAUUGUGAAUACUCUCCGGCGAUGGGGCCUCAGUCCUUCAGCCGUAAUAGGCCAUUCUAGCGGUGAGAUUGCCGCUGCAUAUGCUGCUGGUGGUAUUACCAUGGAAGAAGCCAUUCUCGUUGCAUACCAUCGUGGGCUGGCCAUCAAUCCAAUGCAGGGUACUGGAUCGAUGGUAGCUAUUGGGCUAGGUUGCGACGAUAUUAAACCCUACCUUCAGAACUCAGUGUCUAUUGCUUGUGAGAACAGUCCUAGGAGUGUUACUCUGUCUGGAACUUCCGAAGACAUUGACCAAGUCAUAUCAAAAAUACAAGAAGACAACCCCGAAACCUAUUGUCGGCGGUUACGCGUCUCAGUUCCCUACCAUUCCUCAUUGAUGCAUCAAGUCGGGGGUUCCUACGAGACAGCUCUAGCGCCAUACGUGGGGCAGAUAAAGCAAAAUUCAGACAUGCUGCCGUUCUUCUCUACGGUUACAUCGACAGUCUUAACUGAACCACAUGCCCUGGAUGCAAGUUACUGGCGGAAUAACUUGGAAAAGCCAGUCUUGUUCUCAAAAGGUGUGUCGGCUGUUCUGAAAGAGGUAGGCAAGGGUAGUGUUGCUUUUAUGGAAGUUGGACCCCAUAGCGCUCUUUCAGGCCCGCUGAGACAGAUAUUUGAACAUACACCUAACAAGGGCGAUGCGGUGUAUAUUCCAACCAUCACCCGGGUCGACAACCCCGAUUCUCACGACUCCCGAUCUCAGCUUCUUGCAAGCGUGGGAGCUGCAUAUUCUAACGGGUUUCGUGUAGACCUAGAGCGUGUUAUCGAAAGUGGGAGUGUUUUGACAGAUCUUCCGCCGUAUCCGUGGAAACAUGAGCUGAGAUACUGGCGAGAAAGUCGGCUCAUCGAUCAAUGGCGGAUGCGGGGUGACCAACGUCAUGAGCUACUUGGUGCGCGUACCUCUAGCUCCCCUGACCUAGAGCCUUCAUGGAGAAAUAUGCUCUCCUUGGAAAGCGUACCAUGGGUAGAAGAGCAUGUCCUCGGAAACCAGAUAAUCUUCCCUGGCGCUGGUUAUAUAGCUAUGGCAGGGGAGGCUGUGAAGCAGUUGCACCCUGGUACGACAGGCUACUCUAUUAGGAAUCUAAUAUUCAAAACCGCCAUGGUGCUUCAAGAACGACAGAAAUUGGAAGUCAUUACAACUCUCCACGUCAUGAGAUAUAAUGAUACCAUGGAUUCAGAAUGGUAUGCAUUUACAAUCAUGGCCCACGAUGGCGCCACCUGGAUAAAGCACUGUCAUGGCGAUGUGCGGCCCAAUUAUGACUACCCUCCGGUACCAGCGAAGAUUACCUCCCAUCCUCGACAAGUAAGGUCUGAUAAAUGGUAUCAGACAUUGGCAAAACGGCGUAUAGUGUAUGGCGAACGAUUUCGGGGAAUGAAGGAUAUCACUGCCCAUCCUACCCAGCGUGUGGCAGCAGCAACGGUAACCGAUGACCCAAAGUUGCACUCGAGCCGGUACACGUUACACCCAACCGCAAUUGAUCAGUGUCUUCAAGCCGUAAGUGUGGCAUGGGCACAUGGCCUUUCACGUCGUCUUGAAGGGAUGGGUAUUCCAGCUGCGAUUGAACAACUAUAUGUGGGUGGUACAGAGCCCAAAAUGACUCUUGGUGUCGAGGUAGCGGACGCUGGAAAGGGAAAACAGCUGGGCGACGCUGUCUUGAUGGGAGAUGAUGAUGAAGUCUUUUUCUCCAUGCGACAGGCACUAUUCGUCUCUAUUGAUGAGAACCUCUCCAGCGAUACCCCACGCGCCCCGCUAGCUUCAUACACAGCGUGGAAGCCGGACAUCGACUUUCUUCCCCCAACGGCCCUGCUACGGCGUAUGCCACCACCGCCAGAAGGGUUUAAGCAAGCACUAGAGGCUGGUGACAUUGCGAGUUUAUGUGCAAUCAUUAACCUAGCCGAAAAACUGACGAAUGUUCAACCCGCAACACCCCAGAUGGUCAAAUACAAAGAGUGGAUAAUUCGGAAGUACACCCAAAUACGUCAAGGUCUUGCGAACACGCCACCAGAGGUAGAUGAAUAUCUACGAUUAGACGCGGACGGUAGAACAGCCUUUGACCACCGUCUAGCCCUCAUUUACGAGGAAUGUCCUAUUUCUAAACUUGCUAUUGAUAUGAUACGGGUGAUUACACAUAACUGUGUGGACUUUGCCUUUGACACCAUGUCACCCUUGGGAACCUUAAUGGAUGGCGGUAAACUUGAGAGCUACUACGAAACAUCGCUUGAGUUGUUCGACUUGACCUAUUUCUUACCCAUCCUGGGACACUCGAAGCCGAACCUACGAGUUCUUGAGAUUGGGGCAGGUACCGGAGCUAUGACUGCAGUGGCUCUGAAAAACCUGACCACUCCUGAAGGUAGCCCAUUAUAUUCAACAUAUACCUUCACCGAUAUAUCCCUUGGUUUUAGUCAUCGGGCCACCCAGAAGUUUAGUAACUACGAUAACGUAGAAUAUAAACUUCUGGAUAUUACCAAGUGUCCCCAGAAACAAGGAUUUAGCCCUCACAGCUACGACUUGGUGAUAGCCUCAAACGUCCUCCAUGCCACUCCAUCAUUACAUGAGGCGCUUAAAAACAUACACCAACUACUCACGCCCCAGGGAUGGCUCCUGCUUCACGAGUUGAACCCAGCCUCAAUAUCAAUCGAUGUUUGUAUGGGGGUGCUUUCUGGUUGGUGGGUAGGUGAAAAUGAUGAAAGAAUAGAGAAGCCCCAUGUUUCUCCGGAGCGUUGGGAUCGCGAGCUACAUCUUGCCGGCUUUACUGGGAAUGAAGCAAGCAUCUAUGACCUUGAUGACUCAAUUCGGUUAACUUUCAUGAUGCUUACAAGGCCUAGUCAGGAGCUGAAAGUUGCGAAUGACAUUUCCUCUAGCAACGUUAAGGGCAUGGCUAUGCCAGUCACAUCUCCAGUAUUCUCGAGCGCGGCCCAAGAGAACAAGCAUGGUGAGGCCCAUGCAACAUCCAGUGCUAUUUCAAUUUUGACUGCUGGCGAGCCUAGCUGGUGGGCCUUAAAUGUUGCUUCUGGCUUCUCCGACGAGGGAUACAACGUUACUUGGGAAACAGUAUCCAGCCACCCUCUACCUGGACAGUGUAUCAUCUCGCUACUAGACUUGCACAGCCCGUAUCUUUACGGGAUGGAUGAAGAGAAGUACUGUGCCUUUCAACAAUAUAUGGGAAAGCUGGAUAACAAUCAGCUUAUCUGGGUCAGCCCAUUGAUGCAGAUGCAGAACUCUAUCAUUAAAUCAGAUCCUCAUUUUGGCAUGAGCAUUGGUUUUAUAAGAACGCUUCGCCGAGAAAAGGGACAGGAUAUUGUGACAAUCGAGCUAGACAAAUUCGACAAGGGAACUUCAGCCACUCUUCUGCAACUGGCCAAAAAAAUCUAUCGCAGAGACAUUCACUUGCAAGCCAACAUAUACGAGAACGAAUAUGCAGUUUGUAAUAGUGUUGUCUAUCUACCACGGCUUUAUUGGGGCUCACCAUCGGCCCUACUCCCGGCUCAGGGCCGCGAUAGUGCGGCUCUCAAACUUGCAGUUGGUACCUAUGGCUUAGCUGAUACUCUACAUUGGGCUUUCGAUGACAACCAAGCCGAAGUAGAACUGGAGCCAAACGAGGUGCAAAUUGAUGUCAAGUUUAAUGGGUUGAAUUUCAGGGAUAUCAUGAUUAUGUUAGGCGUGUUAGGGGAUGCGAGUGAGCUAGGGCUGGAAUGUAGCGGGAUUGUCCGUCGUGUAGGCUCCGCAGUAAACAACUUCAAGCCUGGCGAUAGAGUCUGCGCAUGCUGGAAUGGACUAUUCCGGUCACAAGUCAUUUGCCCUCAAGAGUUCUGCUUCCACGUUGAAGAUGAACAUGAUCUCGAAGGGGCAGCAACAUGGCUAAGUGCCUAUGGAACCGCAAUUUGGGCGCUCCAGGUUUUGGCAAAUCUAAAAGAAGACGAAACCGUUCUGAUCCACUCGGCCUGUGGUGCCGUUGGCCUCGCCUCGAUUCGCAUUUGCCAACACGCGCACGCCAAGAUAUACGCAACUGUGGGGAGCGAGGAAAAGGCUCAAUAUCUCGUGGAAACAUUCAGUAUACCGCGGAAUCAAAUUUUCCAUUCCAGAGAUUCCAGCUUCCUGCCAGGCCUGAUGCGUGAGACUAAUGGACGAGGGGUUGAUGUUGUUCUUAACUCCCUUGCAGGAAAGCUACUUCGUGUAUCAUGGGAAUGCGUUGCCCCGUUUGGAAAAAUGAUCGAACUAGGCAAACGGGACAUCUUAUCCCAUGCUACACUGGAUAUGUCCCCUUUUAAGAGGAAUCGGGCCUUCUUUGCAGUGGAACUAAGAGACUUAAUAACUACGGCCCCAGAUCGAAUUACGAAGUCUAUAAAGUUUUUGUCUGCUCUCGAUGCUGCAGUUAAGAAUGGUUUGAUUCAACCGAUCCGGCCGACCAAGGUAUUCUCAGCAAGUGAAGUUGUGGAAGCAUUCCGUUACAUGCAGAGCGGAACGCAUAUGGGCAAGAUCGUGAUCCGGAUGCCAGAAGGUUCAGAUGGGAUAACUUGCCCUCCUAGUAGGCCAACUGUUAGAUUCUCCUCUGAUGCGUCCUACUUGUUAGUGGGCGGGCUUGGAGGCAUUGGAAAGUCCGUUUCUACGUGGAUGGUUGAGAAUGGUGCCAGGCAUAUAACCUAUCUCUCUCGCUCUGCCGGUCAAUCCCUGGAGGAUCGAUCUUUCUUAGCCGAAUUAAAAACUCAAGGCUGCAGCGCGACAGCGGUUGCUGGAAGCGUGGUUAAUCUUGGUGACGUCAAGUUAGCAAUCUCGCAGAGUACUAGGCCCCUUGCUGGCGUCAUCCACAUGAGUAUGGUACUUCAGGAUGAAAUGUUUGAGAAAAUGACCUACAAUCAGUGGAAAACAGCUAUCGCCCCCAAGGUGGAAGGGGCGUGGAACCUUCAUCGCGCCCUCGAAGGAGAAACCCUUGACUUCUUUGUCGUCUUUGGAUCGAUCACGGGCGUCCUCGGAAAUGUAGGGCAGGUGAACUAUACUGCCGCGAACACAUACCUUGAUAGUUUCGCACACUAUAGGCGUGAUUUAGGGCUACCCUGCUCAGUCUUACAUCUCGGUGCGGUAGGGGAUGUUGGUAUGGUGAGCCGCGAUGACAAGGUCCUGCAGCGGCUUCGAGCUUCUGGGUAUCAAACAUUAUCUGAGGACGAAGUGAUGGAAGGGUUGACACUUUCUAUUCGCCAGUCGAGUAUUGACACUUCCUCAGUGCCGCAAAUCUAUAGUACAAAUAUAGGAUUGAAAGGCCACAAACUGGUUUCGGAUAGCCAAUUUUCCUCCUUCCAGUCCUCGGAACGCCGUAUUGCACUAUAUUACAACCUGAAAUGCGAUAGGGAAACCAAGGAAACAACAAAAAAUGAACGCAUUAAGGAGCUCCUUGCUGAUAUCGAGUCAAAUCCGCCCAUAUUAGACGAGCCCAAGACGGAGCUAGCUCUCUGCAGAGAAUUGGCUGCCCUUAUAGCAGAGCGCAUGGCAAUGAAAGCCGACAUGGAUGAUGAAAAGAUGGCUAACAUCGCCAUUGAUUCGCUUAUGGCAAUAGAGGUUAGAAGCACAGUUCGGCGCUAUAUGCAUGUUGACAUCGGGUUGGUCGAGAUAACGAAGGCUGGCACAGUCAAGGGCCUGGCAAAAUUGACCAUUAUUUACCUUAAGGCGAAGCAUCAAAGGCCUCUAGACCAAGAGACCGCUGCGGAUAGCCUCGACCUUAGUCUUGAUUAA